CUUUUCAGGCCACAGCAGAAGCCAACAAUCUGGCUGCUGUCGCUUCGGCCAAAGACCUGUAUUACAGCAGCAUGGAAAAGAUCUGCGGCGGAGACAAACCUUAUGUGGCCCCCGAAUUGCUGGAGGCGAAGCACCAGGAGCAGAACUCGCGGGCUCUGGAGCACUUCCGCCGCAUCAAGAAGAUGGGCGGCCGGGAGUUCAGCCAACGUUACGAGGACGAGUUGAUGCAGGAGCUGAGCGACCUCUUUGCAGACCUGGCCAAGCAUAACCAGAGCAAGAACAUCUUCAACACUUUCCGGACGCCCGCCAUCCUCUUCGGCAUCAUCGUGGUGCUCUACGUGACCUCGGGGGUCACCGACCACAUUGGACUGAGCUUGAUUGCCCAGUUGUGCAACUUAAUAGUGGGGCUGUUGCUCCUUUCCCUGCUAGCCUGGGGCUACAUCCGCUACUCGGGCGAAUACCGCGAACUGGGCAUUGUGAUUGACAACACGGCGGAGUUCGUGAUGCAGAAGAUACGGGCUAUACGGUCUCCUGUCCAUGCAGCCCCCUCCAGAGAGCAGCCCCCGUCCCCACCACCGCAGAAGAAGUCUCAGUGAACCAGGCGAACUCCCAAGACGUCAUCCUUGAUGGUGGAAACCGUCGGCUUUCCGAUCCAGGAAUCGCUUCUGCAGAGCUUCUGCAUAGACAGCUUUUAAGUCAGGCGGGGGAUCUCUGCUCCAUUCUUCCCGCUCACCUUCCUUUGAUGGACCCCCCCUCCUCUGGGUUUUUUUUCUUUUUUUCAUUUCCCCUCCCCUCCCUUCAAGAAAGAAACCUUCUGCACUUUAAAUGGGGAAACGAAACAGCCGCUCGAAAACCAUUUCCAUGCCAGCCAGUGCCUUCCGUGACGAAAAGGGGAAAAAAAAAAUCAACCCCACUGUCGUUUCAGCUGCCGGCGUUUGUUUUUCGAGGUUUGUCGGUUGUACCAAGGAGAAGAUGCCAACUCCCCUUCCCCCACCCCCACCCUCCAAAAAAAGCUUCCCCCCGGCCCUCCCCAGGCAUCGACCUCGGAGUGCCUAAAUUACCCAGCUUUUCUUUUUGUUGAAAGUUUGGCCAAACUUCGAAAGAAUUCUGCUGAAGGGCCCCGGCGGGCCUAGCCAAAUCGUUCAAAGAAAAUUAGGAAAGCUAUUUUAUUUCCAGUGCCUUUUCAAAACUGGACGGUGCCUGCUUUGACACCGAGAGGGAUCGCGUCCAGCCAGCAGCUCCACUGCCUUAGAAAGACGUCUCAGGAAGCUCGGAAUUUGAGGGAGAAACGAGAGGCCGUUGGCGCGUUAAACAUCUCCCACAUCGCCGCCAGUGUCUCUGUAUCUCUCUUUCAGUACGACGUGGUGUCCGCUUCGUUUUGGUUCUUGUAAUUCACCUUGUACCGCCAGAACGUCGAAAUGUGAGGGGGGAUCUCCUUAGCGGUCCCGCUUGGAUCUCUUUGGGAUCUCGGUCCAGAUCGGGGGGUGAGCCGUGCGGGACGUCGGGAGUUUUCCAGGGGUAGUCAAGACACUGUUCCUUGAAUGCGGUGCCGGCGUUUGCAUCUGUAUAUACCCCACUCUUAGGUUUACUGGGUUGAGACGUAACCAGUGGCGUUGCCCUUACUUACUGGUAUGGAGAAUUCACCCUCCCCCCUCCUUUCCCCCCCCUGCUUUUCCCAAGCUUGUGAGGGUGAAUGGCCUUGGUCUCCUCUCUGUCUCUGAAGGCUGUUUCCCCAUUCUCAGCCACGCUGUUUAACGUCCGACUGUUUCUCCUUCUUCGUCGCCCACUAAAUCAACCUUGGGAUGAUUCAUAAAAAACUCCGUAGCAGGGUAUGUGCCCCAUAGCUGGCAAACUUGUCCAAAGCUCAGGGUGCCUCUGGGACCCUCUGUUUCCUCCCCCCGUCUCCUGCUCGGAAACCCUUAUAUAGGCCUCGCACCAAAAAUUAUUAUUACUCCAAGCUUUGAAUCAUUCUAGCCUCCCUCGAUCACUACGGCUUCUCCAGAGGGUGAGGAUAGCUUUAUGCAUUCUUCAAGGUGCCUUUUUUUCCUUUUUAACCUUUUUUUGCCUUAUUUUUGCUGCUGGAGUCUCGCUUGAUCGCAAAGCACGAAGCUUAAGUCUUUUGGGCCAUUAGAAGGCAAGGAGCAAAAACUCGGUAGAGUUCUUUCCUGGCUUAUGCUCACGAUCGCCCUCUGGUGGCCAUUCCUUUCACAGCAAGUCUUAUUUUCACAAGAGGUUUUUUGUCGUUGCUGCAUUCUACCUCUUUUUUUUUUGUUUUGUGUUGUUUGUUUAUGGGAAUUGUCACCCCCCACAACAUCACAGGCCUCUAAGCUCCCAAAUGCAGCUUUGUUUUCUCCGGGGAAGAGAAAAGUCUCUGAUCUCUCAAAUGCCAACUUUUUCAACGUUGGGGUUUUGCGCCUAGAAUGAGCUAGUUUAGGUGAUUCUUUAUUUUGUACCUGACACAGCUGAGUGUGGAAUCUAAAGUGUGGUCUUAGACACAUAGCCAGGUAC